AUGUCUAAGAACAUACAAGUUGAAGAAAACGGAGGGGGCAAGUCAAUCUCGGAAGCUUUGAAGAGAUUCAAGAGGUCGAGGCUCGUCUUCGAGCCGUCUCUAGGAGUAUUGGGUUUCUUCUUGGUUGGGGUCUGUAUGGUCUGGAGCUUCUUCUACUUCGACUACAGAAGCAUGGCUAAAAGCUAUGGCCUUUCGGAUAAAUCAGAGAGAUUCGUUUGGCUCAAGCUCGAUAACAACAACAACAAGAGUAUGAGUUCCAAGAGAGUUGGGUUUCUGGAAGAGAGUGGUAAUGAUUGUGAUGUGUUCGAUGGAGAUUGGGUUUGGGACGAGUCUUAUCCGUUGUAUCAAUCCAAAGAUUGCAGAUUUCUCGAUGAAGGGUUUAGGUGUAGUGAUUUUGGAAGGUCUGAUUUGUUCUAUACUCAUUGGCGAUGGCAACCUAGGCUCUGUAAUUUGCCCAGAUUUGAUGCUAAAGUGAUGCUAGAGAAACUGAGAGACAAGAGGCUAGUGUUUGUUGGAGACUCGAUAGGAAGAAACCAGUGGGAGUCUCUUCUUUGUCUACUCUCUUCUGCAGUCAAGAACGAGAGCUCUGUUUAUGAAGUCAAUGGAAGUCCCAUCACAAAGCACAGAGGCUUCUUGGUGUUCAAGUUCGUAGACUACAAUUGCACUGUGGAAUACUACAGAUCUCCGUUCUUGGUUCCUCAAAGCAGACCACCACCUGGAUCUCCAGGAAAGGUCAAGACAACUUUGAAACUUGAGCAUAUGGAUUGGACUUCUAGCAAAUGGAGAGACGCAGACGUUUUGGUGCUCAAUACAGGACAUUGGUGGAACUACGGCAAAACUGUCAGAACGGGAUGUUACUUUCAAGAAGGAGAAGAAGUGAAACUGAAGAUGAGUGUAGAUGAUGCUUAUAAGCGAGCUAUGGAGACCGUUGUGAACUGGAUACAAACCGAGGUCGAUUCGAACAAGACUCAAGUCUUCUUUCGCACUUUCGCUCCUGUUCAUUUCAGGGGAGGAGAUUGGAAAACAGGAGGAACAUGUCACAUGGAGACAUUGCCUGAGAUUGGAACAUCAUUGGCUUCAUCAGAGUCAUGGGAACAGUUAAAGAUCAUCAGACACGUGUUGUCAGGUUACUCAAACAAAUCAGAGACUGUUAAAAUGAAGGUGUUGAACAUAACGGCGAUGGCUGCUCAGAGAAAAGAUGGUCACCCUUCGAUUUAUUAUCUUGGUUCGGUUGGUCCUGCACCGCUUCAUCGCCAAGACUGUAGCCACUGGUGCCUUCCUGGUGUUCCUGACACGUGGAACGAGCUACUCUAUGCGCUGUUUAUGAAACAAGAAGCUUCUUCUUCUUCUUCUUCUGGAAGAGUCGAAGAAGUGAAAAGUACAUCAAAUGUUACAAUGUCUUGA